AUGGAAAUUCAGAACAAUGUCACUGAAUUUGUUUUCUUGGGACUUUUGAUGAACACAGAGACGAAGAUAAUGAGUUGUAUGUUGUUUAUGCUCUGUUAUUUUGCAAUAUUUCUAGGGAAUUUCAUCAUAUUUAUUACAAUUACAUGUAGUCACUUGGUCCACCAACCCAUGUACUAUUUCCUAUGCCACUUAUCCCUCAUGGAUCUGGCCUAUACAUCUACCAUAAUCCCCAGACUGAUAAGAGACUUAGCUGCCAAGAGAAAAAACAUCUCUUUUAAUAGCUGUAUGACUCAACUCUUUACCGGUCACUUUCUGGCUGGGGUGGAGAUGCUCAUCCUGGUGUCCAUGGCCUUUGAUCGAUAUGUUGCCAUCUGUAAACCUCUCCAUUAUAUGGUCAUUGUAACCCGCCAGAGAUGCAAUAUGCUGAUCCUCCUUGCUUGGGUUGUGGCCUUUUGGCAUUCUGUUGCCCAAAUGCUCAUGGUCCUUAAGUUGCCUUUCUGUGGUCCUAAUCAGAUAGAUCACUAUAUAUGUGAUGUAAAACCUCUCCUGAAACUGGUUUGUGCAGAUACAUAUGUUGCUAGUAUCUUAGUAAUUGCUAAUUCUGGGAUGGUUGCUUUAGCUACCUUUCUAGUCUUAUUGGCAUCUUAUAUUGUCAUACUAUAUAACCUUAGAAAGCGUUCAUCAGAAGUUCGUCGCAAAGCUCUCUCCACCUGUGGCUCCCAUAUAAUGGUUGUGGUCUUGUUUUUUGUGCCCUGUAUUGUCAUCUAUGUUCCACCUCCCAGCAUCCACAUCAAUGAUAAGGAAAUAACAAUGUUUUAUGCUGUAAUCACACCCCUGCUGAACCCUCUCAUUUACACAUUGAGAAAUACAGAGAUGAAGAAUGCCAUGCGGAAGGUGUGGAACCAAAAGAGAUCUUCAUAAUUAAAAUAUACCCAAUAUUCUAUAGUUGCAAAUGUAUACAAGAGUACAUAUAGAUAUGCCUAUGCAAGUAUAUGUGUACAUGCAUACAUACAUACACACAUGAAUGAAUGUACACAUGUGUAG